CUUGAGCUCUUAUUCACCACCAUCAUCAGAAUGAUUGCUUAAUGUCUAUGCAUUCUGUGGUAAACGGGAGAAAGCGGCGCAAAAUAUACCGCGUGUGCCCAGGCGCUUAUUCCGGAUCCAAACGUGACCGUGGACUCGUGUUUUAAGCUUCUUGCUAUCGAUGGAUGCAAAGCAGGACAUAGGGGGGACUCUUCUAGCCACUGCCCACAUCAAUCAUGGAACCGUUCAGUGGAAUAGUACACAAUGGCGGCGUUCCAAAAGAUACGAUUCACCUGCCUCUCGAAGAGAUGUCUGCCAAGGUCCUGAUUCUUGAUGUGAGCAGCAGAGUGACCCUAAGCCAAACCUACGUCAACCCUUCAGACCAUCCUACCAGUAAGGCACGGUAUUACUUCCCCGUACCCGCCAGUGCCGCAAUAUGCUCCUUCGAAAUGCGAACAUCCAGGGGCCAGGUUAUCACUGGUAUCGCGAAAGAGAAGUUACAGGCUCGCGAAGAGCAUGAACAAGCAGUUGCCAGCGGGCGUUCUACUGCAUUGGUGGAAUGGGUCUCAGACGAUAUCUUCACGAUAUCCAUCGGUUCCAUUCUACCAAGGGAGACGGCCGUAAUUAAAUUGGUUUUUGUUAUGAGUCUCAUGAACGAUUCCCGCGAAGAUUCGAUCCGCUUCCAACUCCCCAUGUGUGUUGGUGAAAGAUAUGGGCUGCUACCUCCAGACCUGGUCUCUGCAGCGACAGCUUCCGCAACCACACGCAUUCGUGUCAAAGUUGACGUUCAGACCAGUGGUGAGAUCCGACAAAUCGUUAGCCCAACGCAUCCGGAUGAAAUUUCCGAGACGAAGUAUGUUAGCGAUCGCGGUCGUCCAUCUCGUCGUAGGUCAACGGUCAGGUUCCGCUCCAAGACGUUUCUUUCAAAGGAUUUUGUCCUCAUCGUACAAGCAGAUAAGCUUGAUGCGCCACGCUGCUUCGCUGAGGUUAGUCGAGGUCGCGGCAGACGGCAGAGUGACACCCUUGCUCUGCAGUUCGCGAUAGUACCCAAAUUCAAUUUACCUCCCAUCAGUGCUCAGGAAUAUCUAUUUCUCGUGGAUAGGAGUGGCAGUAUGGAGAACGAACGAAUUGCAACCGCAAAGGAUACGUUGGCAUUGCUGUUGAGGGUUCUCCCGCCGCAGGGCACAACAUUUAAUAUUAUGAGCUUUGGUAGCAGCGUCGAUGGAUUAUGGGCCAUAAGUCAGGCUUAUAGUCAACGUACACUUGACGAUGCCACGACACACAUUGACAGAAUGGAUGCCAACUAUGGGGGCACGGAGAUUCGUCAAGCUUUGAAAUUCACCUUGGAGUCCCGCCAGCGUCAGUACCCAACUGCAAUCUUUGUUCUGACAGAUGGAGAGGCCUAUGACAUCGAUGAAACAAUGCAGUUGAUUCGUGACACCGUCCAAAGCUCUCCUUCUCCGCUCCGAGUGUAUACUCUAGGAAUAGGGUCAACUGUUUCCUCUGCAAUGUGCGAAGGCAUCGCUCGAGCCGGUAACGGUGUGUGCCUGUUUGCAACAGCGGCGGAGGACAUCAUGGGGAAAUGUGCGCGUCUCGUUCGGGCGGGUCGAUCAUCGUUGGUACAAGACGUUGAAAUAGAUUGGGGCAUUCCGGACCAGCCGUCAGCAUCCCCUGUAUCUGUCAAUUUUUCUACGCUGGAUGCACAUUCAGUGGUCCUACGCCCUCCGCCCAUGCUUCAACAGGCACCCACCGUUAUCAGCAAUAUACACGCCGGAGUCCGUCUUGUCGUUUACGCUAUCAUACAAGUUAAAGGGGCUGUCGCUCCUAGAGUAGUGACCCUUCGUGGGCGCAGGCACGAUACCAGUGAACCAUUUGAGCUUUCAGUUCCCAUACGUCUCGUUCAGCUUGUCGAUCCCGAUCAGGGACAUCCCAUGGUGCAUACUCUAGCUGCUUGGUGGUUGAUUCAAGAGCACGAAGCUGAAAUUGCACCACUUCCCAUUCCGUUCGACCGAAAUGUUUCUGACUCGGACAUACGAAAAGCCGCCAUCAUCAGACUUGGAACGGACUAUCAGCUUACCAGCCGACACACAUCCUUUGUCGCUGUUGAUCCUGAUAACGAGAGACCUCGACGAGACUCUUCUGACCGAACCGUUGCUAACAAUGCGCGUACCGCAACUGAUGGUAGGAUAUCCAAUGUUCAAAAUUUAUCGUCUGGAAUCACGAAUAUUCUUUCUGGUUUUUGGAAUGCUCUUUCGAGUUCUACACCUAGAAACAAUCGAAUUGUACCCGGCGCUUGGCCCAACGAAUCGCCUUCGGUUACCUCACUCCCGAGUUCAAGGACAUCCUCUAAUGACCGCCCUGGUCCGUCAGAGGAUGAUGGGUACGAGACGUACUCAACCAUGAGCUCUCUCGAAAGUUCGAGCUCAGAGUGGUCAGAAUGGAGUGAUAUUCCACCAAUGUCUGAAGAGGAUGCGCGCCUCCAGCGAAGCCCGUCUCCGCAGUAUGAGCACGUGAGCUUGGCUUCGGAAGCAGAACACCAUAAUAUUCUGCGUCCUAAACAUCCUGCACCUCCACCAGAUGCACCUCCCCUCGUACCACCGAACGUUAUUGACCUGAUGCGGUUGCAGCAGUGUGAUGGAUCUUUCAGGCUGGAUGAUCCUUUCCGGAAAAUACUUGGGGAACGCGCCGUUCGCGAAGUGGAGUUGUCACCAAUCGAUGAAAAGACAUGGGCGACGGUGUUGUAUGUUGCCUUUUUGAUGAAACACAUGGACGACCAGAAAGAGCUACGGGAUGAUCUCUUGAUGAAAGCUCGUGAAUUCCUGAAGGACGAACCGGAUGUCGUUGGUUUGGUAGAAAGGGCGAAGAAUCUUAUUGCUUGAAUGUUUAACGUAGCACAUAGGUCCCACUGUACAAUUACUUUGAUUUUAAAUAGGUAUGCGCCCUCAAAAUUUACGACGACGAUUGAUCAAAAGCAAAUC